GUGCUGCAGAAACUGGGAAAAGCAGACGAGACCAAGGAUGAGCAGUUUGAACAAGUGGUCAUCAACUUCAGGAGACAGGAGUCUGAAGGCUCUCGGCUGCAGAGGGAGAUGAAGUCCUACAUGGCUGCCAUCAAAGGGAUGCAGCAGGCCUCCAUCAACCUGACACAGUCUCUGCAUGAAGUCUAUGAACCAGACUGGCAUGGAAAAGAUGACGUCAUGGUUAUUGGAAAGGACUGUGAUGCGUUGUGGGAAGACUUCCAUAACAAACUGGUGGACUCCACGCUGCUGAACCUGGAUGGGUACCUGCAACAGUUUCCAGACCUCAAAACUCGAGUGGCCAAAAGAAGUCGGAAACUCAUCGACUAUGACAGCGCUCGUCAUCAUGUUGAAACUCUGCAGAUAUCAGGGAUGAAGAAUGACCGCAAGAUGAUGAAGGCAGAAGAAGAGUUGAAAAAGGCUCAGAGAGUGUUUGAUGAGCUGAACGUUGGUCUACAGGAUGAACUGCCGACUCUCUGGGACAGCCGGGUUGGCUUCUACAUCGGCACCUUUAAGAGUGUGACAAAACUGGAGGCCAAAUUUCACCGCGAGAUCUCUCUGGUAUGUCGGCAGCUGUAUGCAGUGAUGACCCAACUGGCUGAACAGCACUCUGAUAAAAUGUUUACCAUCCAGGGAGCACCAAGGGACCGCCGGUGCCCCCACCACCAAAGGUCACACCUACCAAAGAGGUGGCAGAGGAGCAAAUCAUUGACCUGUUUGGAGGAGAAUUUUUACCAGCACCUUCACCAUCACAGCCCAAUGAAAGACCAGGAGAAUCUCUGCUCGACCUGGACUUUGAUGCCUUUCAACCAGAUGAGAGUGUUUCACCGAUACCACAGACAGCUGUACCUUGGGAUAUGUGGUCGGCAAAUGCCCAAACAGCUCAGCCUGCUGCAGACACUGGCUUCGUCGCCGACUGGUCCGCUGACUUUGGUUCAUUGUCAGAAAAUGGAGACCCUGCAUCAAGAGCUGAGGCCCCUGCUGAAGGGCCAGAGGGGGCGCAGGGUGGGGCUCAGGGUGGGGCUCAGGGCUUGCCCCAGGCAGACGGCAGGCAGCCGGGUGGAGACACAACUACUCCACCUCAGGACAGUGAGGCAGCCACAGCAGCUGAAGACGAGGUGACAGACGCGUUUAAUGGAUUUUCACAGGAUUCUACUGGCCCAUCAUUUUUUGCUGAUUUUGAUAAGAUGUCAACUGUUGGAUCUCCGAUCUCUGACAAGGAAGAGGUUGGUGAGAUUGCUCCUGCUGACGAAGCUACAACAUCUCCAGGUGAAGCAGCUCCAUCGGAAAAGAUGCCAAUCCCUUCUGUGGUGAUUGAGCCUGCCUCCAGUAACGAAGGUGAUGAUGACCGUGAUGCUGACAUAAUCUCUCCCACCGCCAUCAGUGACAACGGAGUGACAGCUGAGAACCAGACCAUCAAACACAUGAGUCCAUCUGGUGGAGCGUCUGGGCUCCCUGAUGACUUUCUCUACAAGGUGGAGACGAUGCAUGACUUUGAGGCUGCAAAUUCAGAUGAGCUUGAAUUGAAGAGCGGUGAUGUGGUGUUAGUGGUUCCCACUGCUUCAGUAGAGGAUCAGGAUGCUGGUUGGCUCACAGGGAUCAAAGAAAGUGACUGGUUAACACGUGGAGCGGGUGCACAAAAAGGACUUUUCCCAGAAAACUUUACCCAGCGUUUGGAGUAAGAAAGGUCUUCAGCUGGUGGAAAAAAUUAAAUGUUCAAGACUUCAGUGUCCAAGCUGUCCAGUCAGCAUGUAGCUAACCUUUGAAAACACCGUAUAACCUGCUGCAGCUGUCUGCUGGACAACACAAGGCUUCCUCUGAUAGAUGAAACUAAAACUCUUGGUAAUAAAAAUCUAGUACUAUUCCCAGCAUAACUGAAAAUUAAUAAGCAUGAUGUGAUAGUAUGGUCUACCCUCCUCUGGAAGUGAGUUGUGUGUUUUUUGUGUCGAAAGAAAAAAAAGAUGUGUGAUUUAUUGGGAAUGUUGCAAUCUCUACAUGUUCACACCUACAAAAGGGAGAAAAACGUUUUCUGAAGAAAAAAAAGAAAAACGGUACCCUCUUUACACCGAGUAUGUUACUGAUUUCAUUGCUCUACUGUGGAAUAUACCAGAAUCUAUAGUGCUGUAACUUAUUUAAAUGUUCUUGAGUAUAUCAUGAAACUCUUGAUUUUGUUGGUUCUUUCAGACUGUUACUCUUGAAUCACUGUUAGUGUAUUUCUGUAAUAUCAUGGUUACGUGUGUGGUGAUCUUUUUUUUGGCAGAUGUAGUGAUGAAUCAACUCUUCAAUGAGUGUUGCUGUGUUUUUGCCAAAUGACUACUGACAUUUAUUAUCUGAGCACUGGUAAACAAA